UCCAAGACUGGUGGCCGAGCAACUGACAGCAAUGGAUGUGGAGCUGUUCAAGAAGGUGCUGCCCCACCAGUGCCUGGGCUCUGUCUGGUCCCAGCGGGCCAAGCCCGGCAAGGAGCACGUGGCCUCCACUGUCCGUGCCACCGUAAGACAGUUCUGUCAUGUGACCGCCUGUGUGAUCAUCAACUGCCUUGGGGACCCAAGCAUGAUGGCCCGGGACAGGGCCAAAGUGGUGGAGCACUGGAUGAAGGUGGCCAAGGUCUGUGAGGGGAGGCCCAGCAGCGUCCCUAUGCGGAGCCUUGAAAAAUGCCUCUGCUGCUUGGUCAGCUCUCAGGACUGAGGCCUGAGGUCGGAGCCCCAGCACAGCCUCCACGUCCUC